CGGCUACGGAAGCCGCCACUCCCAAGAUGGCGGCACCUCGCGCCGCCAUUAAGCGUGAACCUUUAGAACCAUCCCUCCAAGGACCCACGGUCCUACCCAAGAUGGCCGCCUCAGGGCUCGCGCCCCACGCUUGCCACCCCCAACAUGGCGGGGCCGGGUCGCUGUACCGGAAGCGCGGCGGGCUACCGGAAGUGACGCUCCCCAGGCGGUUCCGCUUCCUUUUUGCAGCAGAAACCGAGGCUGCUGGUCCAGGGGGGCGCUGUGCAUACUGACCUUUGGCCCCUCUCCCCUUGUCUCGUGGAGAACCCACUUCCGGCCUCGCAGCCCCGGACGAGAUGCUGCUCCUGUCGCUGCUGUUGCUGCUGCUGCUGCCGCCCCUGUGCUCGGCCGUGGAGGUCAAGCGGCCCCGCGGCGUGGCCCUGUCCAACCAUCACUUCUACGACGAGUCCAAGCCUUUCACUUGCCUGGACGGCUCGGCCACCAUCUCUUUUGAUCAGGUCAACGAUGAUUAUUGCGACUGCAAGGAUGGCUCGGAUGAGCCGGGUACGGCCGCCUGUCCCAACGGUAGCUUCCACUGCACCAACACUGGCUACAAGCCCCUGUACAUCCCCUCCAGCCGGGUCAACGAUGGAAUUUGUGACUGCUGCGAUGGGACAGACGAAUACAACAGUGGUGUCAACUGUGAGAACACUUGCAAAGAGAAGGGCCGGAAGGAGAGAGAGACUCUGCAGCAGAUGGCGGAGGUUACCCGCGAGGGGUUCCGCCUCAAGAAGCUCCUCAUCGAGGACUGGAAGAAGGCCCGAGAGGAGAAGGAGAAAAAGCUCAUUGAGCUACAGGCUGGGAAGAAGUCCCUGGAGGACCAGGUGGAGACACUGCGGUCGGUGAAGGAGGAGGCAGAGAAGCCGGAGAAGGAGGCCAAGGAACAGCACCGGAAGCUGUGGGAAGAGCAGCAGGCCACUGCCAAGGCCCAACGGGAGCAGGAGCUGGCGGCCGAGGCCUUCCGGGAGCUGGACGACAACGCAGACGGCAGGGUCUCGGUGGCCGAGCUGCAGACCCACCCGGAGCUGGACACGGACGGGGAUGGGGUGCUGUCGGAAGGGGAGGCCCAGGCUCUGCUCGGAGGGGACACACACACUGACGCCACCGCCUUCCACGAGCGCAUCUGGGCCGCCGUCAGGGACAAGUUCCGGUCUGAGGUGCUGCCCCCCGAAACGCCGGGGUCCCCACAGGCCCAAGAGGAGCAGCCGCCCGCACCGCCCCCCGGGGAGGAGGAGGACAAGGAGGAGGAGGAGGAGGCCGAGGCGGGAGAGGAGGAGGAAGAGGAGGAGGACGAAGAGGCUGAGGAGGUCCCGUCCCCGCUCGUGCCCCCCCGGCCGGCCAGCCCCCCCGAGGAGGACACGAUGCCACCCUACGAUGAGCAGACCCAGGCCCUGAUCGAUGCCGCCCAGGCCGCCCGCACCAGCUUCGAGGAGGCCGAGCGCUCCUUGAAGGACGUGGAGGAGUCCAUCAGGAACCUGGAGCAGGAGAUCUCGUUUGACUUUGGCCCCAGCGGGGAGUUCGCCUACCUGUACAGCCAGUGCUACGAGCUCACCACGAACGAGUACACGUACCGCCUCUGCCCCUUCAAGCUCGUCUCGCAGAAACCCAAACUUGGCGGUGCCACCACCAGCCUCGGCACCUGGGGCUCCUGGGCCGGCCCCAACCACGACAAGUUCAGCGCCAUGAAGUACGAGCAGGGCACGGGCUGCUGGCAGGGCCCCAACCGCUCCACCACUGUGCGGCUGCUGUGCGGGAAGGAGACGGUGGUGACCAGCACGACGGAGCCGAGCCGCUGCGAGUACCUCAUGGAGCUGACGACGCCAGCCGCCUGCCCCGAGCCCCCGCCCGAGCCCCCCGCCGACGGCCACGACGAGCUCUAGGCGCAGCGGGGGACACGGGGGUGGCGUCUCCCCACCUGGGCACCCCGAGGCCCGAGACCUCGCCCCCCACGGAGCCCCCUGUCCAUGCACGAACCAAGGCUGGGUCCCCCUCUCCCCCUCCUCCCUGGGGGGGUACGAACAGCGGGGGGUGGGUGGGGGGCUCCAUGCCCUGCUCUCGGGGGGGCCGGGCAGGGCCGAGCCACCUUCGGGGCCCCGGAGUCUUCCGAAGGUGGAGUGAAGGCGCUUGGCCUGCCUGAGCCCCCCAGUCCCCGGCGGUCGCCCGCCCUCCCGCCCCUCUGCCCGGGGAUCCACGUCCCCUCGUGGC